UGGAGCGGAAGACGCUGUGGUUCGUGUACUCGGGCAUGGGCAGCCAGUGGGCGGGCAUGGGCGAAGCGCUCAUGAGGGUGCCCACCUACGCCGCGACCAUCGAGAGGCUGCACGCCGUCCUCAAGCCCAAGGGCAUCGACCUCAAGACCAUCCUCAGCGAGACGGGGCCCAGUGCCUUUGACAGCAUCAUGAAAUCCUUCGUCGGCAUCACCGCCACCCAGAUCGCGCUGACAAACGUCCUGGCCGCGGUGGGCCUCCGCCCCGACGGCAUCAUCGGGCACUCGGUGGGGGAGCUGGGCUGCGCGUACGCCGACGGCUGCCUCACGGAGGAGCAGGCUAUCCUGGCGGCGUGGGCGCGCGGGAGAGCCUCUAGCGAGGCCAAGCUCGUCAAGGGCAUGAUGGCCGCCAUCGGUCUCGGGUACAGGGAGGUGUUGCCCAGGCUGCCGCCGACCAUCGAGGUGGCCUGUCACAACUCCAGCACCAGCUGCACCCUGUCCGGCCCCGCGGAGGCCGUCGAGCAGUUCGUCGCCAAGCUCAGCGCGGAGGGCGUCUUCGCUCGCGCCGUCAACGUGUCCGACAUCGCGUACCACUCCACCUACAUCCAGCCCGCCGCCCCUUUCCUGAGGAAGUACCUCGAGACCGUCAUCCCGGAGCCCAAGAAGCGCUCCCCGAAGUGGGUGUCCACUUCGGUGCCCCUGGACCGCCAGGGCGAGCCCUGGGCCCAGCUGUGCUCCGCCGAGUACCAGACCAACAACCUGCUGAGCCCCGUGCUGUUCGAGGAGGGCCUGGCCUUCAUCCCCCAGCAGGCGCUGCUGGUCGAGGUGGCGCCCCACGGCCUGCUGCAGGCCAUCCUGAAGCGCGCGCUGCCGGAGAACUCGCACCUCCCGCUCACGCAGCGCGGCUCCGCGGACCCCGUGCGCUUCCUGCUCGGCGCGCUCGGCACCGCGUCCUUCCACGGCCAGGAGCUGGACGUGGCCAAGCUGUACCCGCCCGUCAGCUUCCCCGUCUCGACGGGGACGCCCGCCCUGUCGCCGCUCGUGUCCUGGUCGCACGACGAGACCAUCUACUACGGCUUCAAGUUCCGCUCCGUCCGCGAGGGCUGCGAGUCCCUCGAGCUCACCGCGCACAGCCCACACAUGUCCGUCAACGGGUCGAAGGUGUUGCCCCCCGUCGAGGAGCUGGAGUCUGCGUGGAGGGCUCUUGGACUCAUCCACAACCUGAAGGCUGGCCGUUUGCCCGUCACGUUCCACAACAUUCGCGUCAACGAGUACCAGCGUCUGCCAGAGGACGGGUCGACAUGCGUCGUUACGACCGUCUCCAAGGGGACGGGCACGUUUGAGGUGCGCGACGAGAGCACCGACAGACUGCUCAUCACGGGGACGGUGCGGCCCCAGGACGACGACGACUGCGCCCCGCGCGCACGCCCGCCCUCCAGAGCCACCGGCGAGGCCAUCACCCUCACCGGCGAGGAGGUGCGCACCGACCUGGCCUCCAAGGGCCUCGUGCUGCACGACAAGUACGGCGGCGCGCUCCUGUCCGUGCGCGCGGACGAGCACGAGUGGACGGUCGCGGUGGACGGUGCCAGCCCCUUCGCCGCCAUCCUGGAGGCGCUCGUCCUGGUGCUGCAGUACCAUGCGUCCGAGGAGGCCACCGGGGUCGUCCUGAUGCAGCGUUGGCGGCGCGUCGACGUGGACCCCAUCAAGCUUAGGGCGCAGCACGUCGUCGAGGUGCGCUACAACCUCACGACGGGAGAGAUGUUUGGAGAGGGACUGUACGCCACCGGCUUCCACGGGGUCCGCGCCAACAGCGUCGCGCUUGAGCCCAAGUCCGCACCGCCGGCGCCGCUCAACUUUACCUUCGUGCCGUACGGGGACACGAAGCUCCAGAGCGUCGGCGAGUUCCUCAGCCUGGCGGUGCAGCUGACCAUGGAGAGCGUGCCACCCAAGCUCAGGACCGCGCCCAACAUCCGCAUCCUGGAGCUGCAGAACUGCAGCGGCCCCAACGUCCUGGGGCCCGCCAUGAGGGCCGUGCUCCAGGAGCGGAUGGGCGUGGAGGCGGACGUGCGCGCCGUAAGCGUGCGACCGGGACAGGCGCUCGUCCUCCCGGAGAAGAAGGAGGGCGUGUUCCUCACGGUCAGCGCGCCGACGACGAUGGCCGAGGCCGUCCGCGUGGCGGCGCACGUCGGCGGCCUCCUGCUCACCAAGUCCAAGAGCCGCCUGUCGCCCAACGAGGCCGCCGGCAUGGCAGUGGUGGCCGAGCAGUGCCUGGACGGCAGCUGGGUCAGCCUCCUGCGCGCACCAGUGCCCGUCAAGGACGCCCACGUCGUGAAUAUGUCCGCCAACGAGCCGCCCCCGCGACGCGUUCCCGAUGCCGCCGGCGGCCCCCUGGUGCUCGUCUGGAGCGGCCAGCCGGACGCCGGCGUGCCCCGGGUGGUGGACGAGGUGCGCCGCCGGCCCUACGCGCACCUCGCGCGGCUCGUCUUCAUCCUGGACGAGGAUGCGCCCAAGUUCUCUCUGUCGGAGCCGCUGUACACGCGGCAGCUGGCGCUGCAGCUGCAGGUCAACGUCCUGCGCGGCGGCACCUGGGGCUGCUGGCAGGCGAUACCGCUCGUCGGGGCCACGCCCGCGGCCAUCUCCGCCACCAGCUUGGAGGGCGUCGCCAUCGAAGCGUACAGCCUCAACCCUCGGGUCGGCGGCGACCCGGCCGCGGAGGCCUGGUCGGGCCACCUGGACUACGCGGGGGAGUCCGCCGACGGGAAGGUGAUGGGCGUAGCGCGGUGGCUGGCGGACAACAGCCGCCCGCGCCUCGACCACAUGCUGCGCUGGCCCGUGCCCAGCGACUGGGGCGUCACCGAGGCCGUCACCGUGCCCUACACCUACGCGACGGUGUACCACGCGCUACUGGUGACGGCGGGGCUGCGCCGCGGCGAGUCCGUCCUGGUGCACCAGGGCGCGUCCGCGCUGGGGCAGGCCGCCAUCCGCGUGGCGCUGCAGCUGGGCGCCGCCACCGUGUUUACCACCGUGGACAACGAGGCCCAGAAGAAGUUCGUGCGCCGCCUGUUCCCCCAGCUCGACGCCCGCAACGUCCUGAGCUGCGUCGACGGCAGCACGUCCUUCGAGUGGCACAUCCGCACGCUGACGCAGCAGCGCGGCGUCAACGUGGUGCUCAGCACGCUGCCCGGGGCCCAGUUCAAGGCGUCCCUGCGGUGCACGCGGCCCUGGGGCAGGGUGCUGCACCUCGGACGCCAGGACAUGCUGGCCAGCAACACGUUCGGCCUGCACAUCUUCCUGUCGAGCGUCGUCGUGCAGGGCAUGUCCGGCGACCAGCUGUUCCUGGCGAGCGAGCGCGACCGGCGCGCCGUGCACCGCGCCGUGCAGCAGGGCCUCGAGAGCGGCGCAGUGCAGCCCAUCGAGGGCGCCAGGACCUUCUGCUCGCCCUCCACGGCCAGCAUCAAGGACGCGCUCUGGGGCAGCGGCGCCGGCAGUGACGUCGCCAAGGUGGUCCUGCUCCUGCAGCAGAACGGCGUCAAGCACGAUCUCGCCGCCACGAAGAGCUUCGUCGUGGUGGGCGGCCAGCAGCAGGAGUGGCUGCAGGUGACGAGCCUGCUGUCGCAGCACGGCGCGCGCGAGGUCCUGGCCGUGUCCGGCGCCCCCGGGGCCGUGCACAGCCCGCUGCUGCGCCACCGUCAGCGCGCGCUCCGCCGCCUCUUCGGCACCAACCUGCGCGUCGAGGGGGUGGCGCACUGGGACGAGGCCGCGGCGCGCCGCGUGCUCCAGGCCGCCCCGGGCCCCGUGCACUCGGUGGUGGUCAUCGCCAAGGAGGGCAGCCGCGUGCCCGCGCUGCUGCACCGCGCGCUGGGGCUGGCCGCGGACGCCCCCGGGCUGCUGGUGCUGUGCGAGCGCGCCGACACGGCCUGCGGGCUGACGGCGCUGUGCGAGGCGCGGCGUGCGGCCGGGCUGCGGGCCGCGUGUCUGUCCGGGCCGCUCGCCAGCGUCGCGGAGCACCUCGCCGACCUGCUCACCGGGGCGCGGCCCGCCGUCACCCUACUCGACGGCCCGGUGGCCCUGGACAGCCCGGACGUGGAGUUGCACACGGCCACGCCCCGGGGCGUGCCUGCCGGCGCGCGCGCCCUGGCCGAGCUGGCCCGCAGGGCGGCCGCCCGGGGCCGCGUCACGUGCCGGGUGCGGGAGCUGCCCUCGCUGGGGCUGCGGACGCGCCACACCCGCGAAGCGCUUCCCGUGUUCGCCGUGCCGCCGCUGGGCGCCAUGCACGCCGAGGAGAACGACGCCCUGGCCGCACUCGCCCUCCGCGUCGUCAACCCCGUCAUGGUCGUGGAGGCCGCCACGCAGGACGACCUGGCGCUGCAGGCCGCGUGCGCCGCCGAGGCCAUCGAGGCGGUGCGCUCGAUCGGGCCGUACAACGUGCUGGGCUGGGGGCUGGGCGCGCCCCUGGCCCUCGAGGUGGCGCGCCAGCUCGAGCGCCGCGGCCACCACGCCGUCACGUUCCUCGUCGACGGCAACGUGCAGCGCGUCCAGUCGUGGGCGGCCGAACAGUCGGACGUCUCCCUCCUCAGAGCCGCCUUCUCGGACGACAAGUCGCAAGAGGUGCUCGAGUCCGCCGCGGGCGGGGACCUGCUGGAGAGCCUGCUCCGCGCCGUGGACCCUCCCGAGCGCCCCCACACGAAGGAGGGCUUCCUGAUCCUACGCACGGCAGUGACGGCACUCGCCAGGCACUCGCCCAACGUGCUCGACCCGGUCACGGGCCGCGUCGUGGAGAUCCAGGCCGCUGACGACGUCACCCACUGCUUCAGCAGGAGUCCCAAGGUGUCGCUGAGGCGCAUGCCCCGAGGCGAGGCCCAGCUCGGCCUCCGCAGCCCCUGGCUAGCGAACGUCCUCACGGAGAACACGGGCUACUCGAAGGAGACCACGAUAGAGGAACUGCGACCGCUGCUCCUCGCUCUGAAAGCGUGACACGGUCGCACCGCCUGGCAGUCGGCAGUCGGAGAGAGCACCCUCAAACUCCAAAUAUAAUGUGAUGAUAGUCUUUAAA